AUGGAUUACGCAGAGUCGAAGUUAUUAGAUCCACUGGAAACAAAUCUCUCCGAUCUUCCACCGGAAUCCUUCUGGGUUCCAAUCGAAAACGAGCAAGACUGGUUCGAUCGGAAUGCGGUAAUGCUGCAGCGCAAAACUUCAUUGAAGCUCGGCUUCAACCGCACCUUCACCUCCAUUUCUUCUCAUCGCUCCUCCGACGCCCCCAAAUCAGCCAGACCAUCAGUUUUUGGGCUACCCAAGUCCCAGAAACCCUCAGGGCUCGACGGAGCUCCGCCGGAGAAGAAGCCCGGCGGUUUUUUGUUCAGAAGCCGGUCCGAACCGGGCUGGAAGUCCAUGGUGCUUCUAGCUGAACCGGUUUCUCCACGGGUCUCUUGCACUGGGCGGGUCCGGUUCAAGACUGCCGACGGUAGGAAAACCCGGUUCUCGAGGCUUUUCAGUUCAUUAUUCAGAACCCGGUCUCAGAAAAAUCGGGAAGCGUGA